UGAUGCCUCCAGAGAAAGAGAUUGUUAUAUAGAUUUCUUAAAGAAAGUUAAUGUCAGCAUUAUAAGCGACGCUGAACAAGAGAGUUUGCAAAAAGAAAUUCAUGAGAUACGAUCCAGUGAAUUAGCUGCUAUUAAAACAUUAAAAGAAAUAGAAAGUGAACGUGAUACAUUGAAAAAAGAAUUAGCCUCUUUGGAAGAAGAGGCCAGGGAACUUGAUAAACUUGAGGAAAGUUAUUGGCAGGAAUUUAAUGAUUUUCAUCUUCAACUACAAGCUUUUCAAAAUGAGAGAGAUAGCGUCAAUUUAAAAUAUGAUCAUGAUGCAAAACAAUUGGAAAAACUUCAAAGGACCAAUGUAUAUAAUGACACUUUCUGUAUCUGUAUUAGUCAUGAUGGCCAUUUUGGAACUAUUAACGGUUUUAGACUUGGUCGUUUGCCAGAUGUGAUGGUUGAUUGGAACGAAAUUAACGCAGCUUGGGGACAAACACUCUUAUUACUGGCAACCAUUGCUAACAAACUUAAUUUCACGUUCAAAAAUUAUCGGUUAAUUCCGUUGGGUUCUUUUUCAAAGAUUGAAUAUAUUGAUGGUGAUAAGAAAUCUACAUAUGAAUUGUAUAGCUCAGGAGAUGUAGCAAUAGGAAGAUUGUUUUUAUAUCGUCGUUUUGACCAUGCAAUGGUUGCCUUUUUAAACUGUUUACAACAGUUGGGUGAUUAUGCUGAGAGCCAAGAACGUAAUUUCAAAUUACCAUAUCGGUAA